AUGGGUUUCAACGCUAUCAACUACGCCGUUUCUGACGCUCCAGGUGCCGCUGGUGCCCCAGGUGGUGGUGGUGCUGCCGCUACUGCUUCUCCAUCUAUUCUUCCUGGUGUUGGUUCUGGCUCUGGUUCUGGUUCUGACUCUGGUGCCGGUGCUGCUGGUCAGGAUGGCCAGGCUGGUGCUGGUGACCAAGGCAUUGCUGCUGCUGCUUCUGGUGACACUGCUGCUGCUGGUGCUCCAGGUGCUUCUGGCGCUCAGACCGCUGCUGCUUCUUUGCUUGGUGGUGCUUCUGGUGCUGGUGCUUCCGGUAUUGCUGCCCUUACUGAGGGUGGUGCCUCUGGCGCCGCCGCUGCUACUGGUGCCGCUGGUUCUGGCGCCGCUGCCGCCUCUGGUGCUGCUGCUUCCCUCACUUCUGGUGCUGGCGCCGCAGGUGCUUCUGCUACUUCUGGCCUUGGUGGUGCUGCCGGCUCGGCUGGUGCCAUUGGCGCUUCUGGUGCUUCCGGUGCUGCUGCCUCUGGUGCUUCUGGCGCUGCUGGUGGUGCUUCUGCUGCUUCUGGCUCUGGCGGUGCCGGUGGCAUUGCUACUUUGUCUGACUCUGAGGAGAGCGGUUCUGCCUCUGGUGGCUCUUCUGCUUCCGGUGGCUCCUCUGCCUCUGGUUCUGGUGGCUCUGGCUCCUCUGGUUCCGCUUCUGGUUCCGGUGCUGGCGGUGCUGGCUCUCGUGCUACAAGCUCUGGCUCUGGUGGUUCUUCCGCCUCCGGCUCUGGUUCUAACUCCAGCUCAUCUGGCUCUGGUGGCUCCAACUCCAGCUCAUCUGGUGACUCUGCUGCUGCCGCUAUCUUCGAGCAGGGCUCUUGGAAGAAGGGUGCCGCUGUGAUGGCCAUCGUUGGUUUCACUUUCGUUUUCAACUUGUAA